AAUGAGUUCUACCAAAAAGUAUUAACAAAAAAAAAAAGUGAAAAAUUUUCCAAGACCAACUGGGCGGGCGAGUCAGUCUGAGUCAUCGGGAGACCGAUUAAUUUCUCACUCCGCUGGACUUCCUGCCUCUCCGUCGGUAGCAAAUUCAUCCCAUUUCCUCACUGCAACAAACAAUCCAGGACUUCUCUCAGCCAUGGCGGUUAGGGCCACGGUAUCGCGGUUCCCCAUCGACCCCGACGCCCAGGAGAGCUCGGGCCUGCCGUGGGGGGUGACUGUGACGCCGUUCGCCGGCAAGGACGAGAACGGCGCGUCGCCAGCGUACGGAUCGGACGGUCACUUGCUUCCCCGGUGCGAGAAUUGCUGGGCCUACUUCAACACCUACUGCGACCUCGAUCAGUGGGCCUGGAACUGCUCCCUCUGCGGCACCCUAAAUGGUCUCUCCUCCCAGGCCAUCGCUCGCUACUCUCUUCCUCGGUCUUGCCCCGAGAUGAUGUCUUCUUUCAUCGAUCUCGAAUUGCCUGUGGAAGGAGCCGAAAAGGAAGCAAUGUUGGCUCGACCCGUUUAUGUUGCAGCAAUUGAUUUGUCCUCCUCAGAGGAGUUUUUGGAACUCACAAAAAGUGCUUUGUUAGCGGCUUUGGAAGCUCUUGGCCCUGGAUCUUUGUUUGGGUUUGCUACAUUUAGCCACAAAAUGGGGUUAUAUGAUGUUCAAGGGCCUGUACCUGUUGUAAAGAAUGUGUUCAUCCACGCUGAUUCAGAGGGCACCCAACCCAUUGAGCUUGAAGAUGUCAUGCCUUUGUCAUCUUUCUUGGCUCCAGUUGAAACUUGUAAGGAUCGCAUUGUAUCUGCCCUUGAAACACUAAAGCCAACUACUUCUUGGGAAAGAACUGCAGCUCCAAGUCAAGGACUGGAUGGUGUUUUGCUGGGUGGGCGAGGAUUUGGAGUGGCAAUGGAAGCUCUUUUCAGUUACCUAGGUUCAGAAUAUGGAAACACAUUUGCCUUGGCUCGGGUAUUUGCAUUCCUUUCUGGUCCUCCUGAUUAUGGAGCUGGGCAACUAGACACUAGGCGAUAUGGUGAGCAAUAUGCUAGUAAGGGAGAGGAUGCAGACCGUGCUUUACUCCCUGAACAGACACCUUUCUACAAAGAGCUGGCUGCUGUUGCUGUUCAAGCAGGUGUUUGUGUGGAUAUAUUUGCUGUUACAAAUGAGUACACAGAUUUGGCCUCUCUGAAGUUUCUUAGCAUUGAGAGUGGAGGCAUGUUAUUUUUGUAUUCAAGUACAGAAGAUUCAACACUCCCUCAGGACAUGUAUCGCAUGUUAAGUCGUCCAUAUGCCUUUGGCUGUAUACUGCGAUUGAGGACGUCUUCUGAAUUUAAACCUGGCCAUUCUUAUGGUCAUUUUUUCCCGGAUCCACAGUAUGAAAAUGUUCAACACAUUAUAUGUUGUGAUUCUUAUGCUACUUAUGCUUAUGACUUUGACUUUGCGAACACUGUUGGGUUUUCCAGGCACACCUCAGAACCUCCAAUGUUACAGAUUGCAUUUCAAUACACGGUUGUUGUACCUCCUGAAGAACUCUCUAAUUCAGGAUCAAUUUCUGCAAGUAGGUCCAAGCACUCCCUCCAACGACGGCUAAGAAUUCGUACUCUGCAAUUUGCAAGUGCUCAAAACAUCAAUGAACUUUAUGACAGUGUCGAUCCUGAAGUGGUUCUAUCAUUACUCAUUCACAAGGUUAUAUUAGGCUCUUUGGAGCAAGGAGUGCGAGAGGGCAGGAUGUUGCUUCAUGAUUGGCUAGUGAUUCUCACAGCUCAGUAUAAUGAUGCUUACAGACUUGUGCAGUACAAUAAUGGAAGUUCAACUUCUCAAAUAGAUGUGGCAUUUUCGCAAUGCCCACAACUGCAACCUUUACCGCGUCUAGUUUUUGCUUUGCUUCGCAGCCCUCUUCUCCGCUUACAUGAAGAAGGUGUACACCCUGAUUACCGUAUCUACCUACAAUGUCUUUUCAGUGCCUUAGAACCAAGUUCACUACAUCGUGCAAUUUAUCCAGUGCUGACAUCAUAUACUACUCCUGAUAAACAAGCAUAUCCACGCCACUCUCUGAGUCGUGCUGCACUGAUUACUAGUGGCAGUCCAAUAUUUUUCCUGGAUGCAUUUACUACUCUCAUUGUUUUUUAUUCUUCAACAGCAGAGGCUACCCUCCCCUUUCCUCCACCCCAGGAUUGUUUAUUGCGGAUUUCUAUUAACGAACUGAAGCGAGAGCGAAGUAUCACUCCUAAACUUAUUUUUAUCCGAGCAGGACAGGAUGACGCGACACCAUUUGAGAACUAUCUUAUUGAGGAACAAGAUGUUGAUGGAAGUGGCCUCAGUAGUGUCAUGGGGUUUGUUUCCUUCCUCGAGGAUGUCACCCAGAGUGUGUUGGAAUACAUGAAAUAGAACUCUGAUAGCGGAUCCCAUACCUUGCACACUGUUGAUUACCCAAAAUGGUUUUGGUUAAUUGGGUGUGGUUAAAUCGAGGGAGUGUUUUGGUAUGAGCUUCUUGUAUGCUUUGGGCUCUAGCAUAAUGGAUAAAGUGGUGAUUUGUCCUCAAAAUGCACUCAGUUUUUACAGGUUGGAUGUUGGAAGCUCCUCUUAGGCGCAAUCUAUAGUUCUACACUAAUAUGAGCAACAAAGUUGCAGGCAUUGAUCUGCUGCUCCAUGUUUUUGGGUAAAAUCAAUACAGGCGAAUCAAAUUGCUCAAAGAGCUGCUACAAUUACAAAUUUCAGCCAUUUGCCCUUGUUUCCUGAGAAUACAUGUUAAGAGAUGGGGAAUAAUUGAUACCUUUUUGGCAAUUGAAUGUAGGAUUUGAAUUGUUUCUGUUUUGGAAUCCACAUGGAUGGCUCUGGUUCUUGUACCUGAAGAUGAGCUUUCAAACCCUUGUUCACCCGUCAGUUUUAUUUUAUUUUAUUUUUCCAGUUGUACAAAUUCAACCUGCUUUAGAGGAAUUCAUUAAGCUACUUUUGGGAGGUUUUCUUUUCCCUUUUGCUA